CUAUGUAUAUAAUUCAUGUCCUUAUUAUGUAACCUUCUUUCCUUUCUUUUUUCCAUCUUUUGCUUUCUCUUCCCUCCCAAUUCUUUCUCUCUCUUCCUCUCUUUCUCUGACCUAAUUGUCUCUCUUCUAUUCACAUAACCACUCAUCUCCACAAACACACCAACCACAACCUUGAGAAGAAGAUCCUUCUAAAUUUAGUAUCUUUUUUUCAUAUUCUCCAACCCCAUCACCUAGAUCUGUCAAUAGACUCAUAAAAAAACAACAUUUUGGGAAGUUUUGUCAUAGCUAGCUAUAACUCUAGAGGAUAAUAUUUCAAUAGUAACAAAGAUCUUCAUCAAGAUGACUCCAAUUAACUUGGCAGGACAGUUUGGUGACACGACAUACACCAAGGUUUUUGUCGGAGGUUUAGCUUGGGAGACUCAAAAGGAAACUAUGAAGAAGUAUUUUGAACAGUUUGGUGAGAUCUUGGAAGCUGUUGUCAUCACUGAUAAAGCUACCGGAAGAUCAAAAGGCUAUGGAUUUGUUACUUUUCGUGAACCUGAUGCUGCCAUGAGAGCCUGUGUUGAUGCUGCUCCUAUAAUUGAUGGUAGAAGAGCUAAUUGCAAUCUUGCUUCAUUGGGUGUUCAAAGAUCUAAGCCUUCAACACCAAAACAUGGUGGAGGAGGAAGGAACUUUAGGGUAAUGGGUUCAUUCCAGACAGGAUUUGGAGGAGUGGGAUCUGCUUUUCCUUCAGCUGCAACCUUCCCACAUUAUGCUAUCCAGCAAGGGAUACCUUAUAAUGUCUAUGGGUACUCUUCUUACUCGCCAGAUUACAGUUACCCUACGAGCUAUUAUGGUGUGUAUGGUGGAGCAGCAGCCCAGUAUCCAGUUUAUGGAAGUGGACCAACUGGAGGGAUGAUGACUGGUGGCGCAGCGGCCGCGGCAGCUUACUAUCCAUAUCUUCAAUAUGGCGAAGGAACCGGCGGUGCAACGACCGGGGGAUACACUUCCGGGCAAGGUUAUGGUGUUAACUAUCCACCUCAUGUGUUUCAGUAUUCUCCAAUUGCUUCUACUGGUGGUUAUGCUCAGCAUUAUGGAACACCUAUUUCUCUUGCUCCUUCUCCUGCUGCCUUGCCAUCAGUGUGUUUUGCUGUGCCACAGGCGUGACAAUGGCUCUCCAAGCUCCAAUUCCUCAUCGUUAGAGACUCAUCAUAUCAAUAUCAUGAUCUCAAUCUAGCUAUGUCAAAACUUCCCCAAGUUAAUGCUUCUUGAAGUCUCUUAUAUCAUCAAUCAACCUUUGGCCUAACCAUGGUGUUUCACACACACACUAUUCACUAACACCAAAGAAAAAAGCCCAUCAUUGGAAUAUGGGCUUUUCCAUCAUCAUCAUCAUAGGCCCCCCAUAGGGGCCCAAAGGUUUUCUCUCCAUACAAUUUGGAGAGUCAUACUCAUCAAUCAUCAUCAUGCAUUACUCCCUUCCUCUUUUUUUUUUGUUCAUGAAAAAAAAGUUGCAUUGGUUCUUGAAGAGAAUCAAAAAGAUGUUUAAUCACCAACAAAAGCUAUAGGAAAUAGCUCAAGUUGGAAAAAGAAUGGAAACUUAGCCCAUGGAAAAGCUAAGCCCAAACAAAAGCCCAUCUUGUUAAUUAACUUAAGCCCAUGAAGGGAAAAAGUGAAAGUAAUAAAGAUUGGUUUUUCAAAAAUUGUAAAUUCAAACAAAUAGAUAGCUAGUUUUGCAGAAAUAGGUAUUCCCUUUAAUCACUUGCUAAUCACACCUCUCUUGAUGAUGAGGUGAAUUUAGCAAUCAUGGACAUUUUGGAUGUCCCAUCUUUUUUGUAUGGUAACAUCUAGAUAUAUAUAUAGUCUUAGUUUUUAGGGUUAAUUAGGAUAAGUCAUGUUUAUCAAAUUAUUUUUAUUAUAAAAGGGUUUAACCAACCAACAAAUUGACCAUCUUCUCUUUGGGUAAGAGGAGAAAGUAACUAACUAUGUUUUUGUUUACUUAAUGUAAAUUCAUUGUGGCUAAACUAUGGGAGUUUAAGCCCAAUUUAGGAGGGAUAGCAUAUGUAGUACAUUUCAUCAUCAUUUUGAGAGCUACAUCAAUGGAAUGUGUAGAACUCAAAAACACUUGCAUGUAACCUUGGGAGAUAUUUGGGUUCCCUUAGGUUACUUCACUUUGCUCACCAACCAUGGUUAGGACAUAGGUGAAUUAAUGAGAAUCUCAUCAUCACUCUUUCUUUGUUUCUCUCUCUCUCACUCUCUCAAUGUCUUUCAUUUUAUCAAUCUCAUCCUUUUAUAUCUCUCUCUAUGGCAACUUUUAAAUUGAAAUGAACCUUAGUACUUGUUAAUUUUAUGUGUAAGCCUAUAUGGUAUUUGGAUUGUAAUUAGGAAAUCUAAAGUAGGAAGAUUAUUUCAUUCUUUAUCCAUAUGCUGGAUGAGAAUGGAAUUGCUACUUAUUCUACUAUGCCUUUAAUUUGUUAUAUUAUGUUUGUGUCAA